ACGCGACGCGGCGAUUGGCGGCGGUGCGGGCCCCGCCCGCCAGGUGAAGCGGGCGGAUCACGUGGGGGGAGCGGGCGACCGGCGGGAGCGGCGGCGACGGAGCAGCGGCGGCCAUGAAGCACUACGAGGUGGAGAUCCUGGAUGCCCGGACACGGGAGAAGCUCUGCUUCCUCGAUAAGGUGGAGCCCAACGCCACCGUCGCUGAGAUCAAGAGCCUCUUCACCAAGGCCCACCCCCAGUGGUACCCGGCCAGACAGUCGCUGCGCCUGGACCCCAAGGGCAGGUCGCUGAAGGACGAGGACGUGCUGCAGAGCCUCCCCGUGGGCACCACCGCCACCUUCUACUUCCGCGACCUGGGGGCCCAGAUCAGCUGGGUGACGGUCUUCCUGACGGAGUACACGGGGCCGCUGCUCAUCUACCUGCUCUUCUACUUCCGCGUCCCCUUCCUCUACGGGCCCCGCUACGACUUCACCGCCAGCCGCCACCCCGUCGUCCACCUGGCGUGCGGCUGUCACUCCUUCCACUACAUCAAGCGCCUGUUGGAGACGCUCUUCGUCCACCGCUUCUCCCACGGCACCAUGCCUCUGCGCAACAUCUUCAAGAACUGCACCUACUACUGGGGCUUCGCCGCCUGGAUGGCCUAUUACAUCAACCACCCGCUGUACACCCCCCCCGCCUACGGUGACGAGCAGGUGAAGCUGGCACUGGCCGUCUUCCUGUUCUGCCAACUCGGGAACUUCUCCAUCCACGUGGCCCUGCGGAACCUGCGCCCGGCCGGCUCCAAGACACGGAAGAUCCCCUACCCCACCCGCAACCCCUUCACCUGGCUCUUCCUCCUCGUCUCCUGCCCCAACUACACCUACGAGGUUGGGUCAUGGAUCGGCUUCACCAUCAUGACACAGUGUCUGCCCGUGGCCCUCUUCUCGCUGGUGGGCUUCGUGCAGAUGGCCAUCUGGGCGCAGGGCAAGCACCGCAGCUACCUGCGCGAGUUCCGCGACUACCCCCCGCUGCGCUCCCCCAUCGUCCCCUUCCUGCUGUGACACCCCGCGGGGACACCCCCGCAACACCCCGACCUCGUCACACACCCGCCCCUCGCCCCCCCCCCGCCUGCACCGAGCCUUGGGGACCGCGUGGGGACACCCUGCCAUCGCCCUGCGCCGGCGGUCGGGGCAGGGGACACCAGCCGCUGGUCCUCCCCCGGGGACGUGGCCCUGCUGUCCCUUGUCACCCGCAGGGUCCCGCCCCCAUCCCCCCUCCCAGCGACACUGUCACCUGUGGGGCUGGCGCCGGCGGUGACAAACGGCUGUCACCCACGCGUGACCGUGGCCCGUGUCACCCGCGGUGGCCGGGAACGACGUGCGUCACCCACACGUGACCUGUUGGCGCGUGUGUGUGCGUCCCCUCCAUCCCUACAGGCGGCAAUAAAUCAUGUCACCCGCCCUA